GGCACACACAUACUACUAGUCACACCCACUCGAACCCGCUGCUACGGUCCGACAAUUUGGGAACUCAAGCCGGCAAUAAUGGCAUCUGAUGGACUAGGGGAGCCCUUGGUUAUUCGGUUUGGUCUGAUAAACGCCGAUAACAAAUAUCUAACGGCUGAGGCUUUCGGAUUCAAAAUCAAUGCGUCUGCAACUUCUAUGAAGAAAAAGCAGGUCUGGACGCUCGAUAAAGCUGAUGAGACAGGAGACUCGAGUGCUGUGUUCAUAAGAAGUCAUUUGGGAAGAUACCUCGCGACGGACAAGGACGGCAACGUUACUGCAGACACCGAAAAACCCGGAGCGGACAGUAGGUUCCUUGUCAUCGCUCACGACGAUGGCCGCUGGUCCCUGCAAUCCGAACCCCACGCGCGCUACCUGGGCGGGACCGAGGACCGAAUCGUGUGCUUUGCACAGAGCAUCUCCCCUGCGGAGAAAUGGAGCGUGCACCUCGCCGUGCACCCUCAAGUCAAUAUAUACAGUGUGGCGAGGAAACGGUACGCGCACUUGUCCGUCGAGCGUAAUGAGCUCGCCAUUGACCGGGACGUGCCAUGGGGCGUUAACGCCCUACUCACGCUCGUGUACCUGGACCGAAGGUAUCAUCUGCAGACCGCAGACAACCGCUUCCUCGCAAGUAACGGCACUCUAGCCGUGAAACCGGACACGAGCACUGGCUUCACACUAGAAUUCCGUGCCGGUAAGGUGGCAUUUUAGAGAUGCCACGGGAAAUACAUCGCUCCGUCUGGUCCAAGCACCAUGAAGUCGGGCAAGAGCGCGCGCCUAGGCAAGGACGAGCUUUUUGUCCUCGAGCAAAGUCACGGACAAGUGGUGCUACACUGCGCAACCGACAGGAACGUGUCCACGCGCCAGGGGGUAGAUCUGUCGGCCAAUCAGGAUGAAGAGUCAGAUCAGGAGGUGUUCCAGAUGGAGAUGGACCGUGAGACAAAGCGCUGUGCUUUCAGGUCCUGCAGUGGGAAAUACUGGAGCCUUACUCCCAAUGGAGCGGUCCAGUGCACCGCCUCUAUGAAAUCAGCCAGCUGCUUCUUUGAGCUGGAGUGGAAAGAGUCUAAGGUUACCCUCAAGGCCAGUAAUGGGCAAAUACCUGGCCGCUAAAAAGAACGGCCAGCUGGCGCAUCUGUGGAUUCUGCAGGUGAACAGGAGGAUUUUGUUCUGAAGCUCAUCAAUAGGCCACUGAUCGUGCUACGAGGGGAAACGGCUUCAAUCGGUUGCCGCAAGCAAGGUACCGGAACCCUGGACUCCAACCGCAGCUCCUACGACGUCUUCCAAUUAGAGCACAGCAGCAAUGCCUACAGCCUCAGAGACUCACUGGGCAAGUACUGGACCGUGGAGGCAAACGGUGCAGUUGUGAGCAGUAGUGGGGCUCCUGUCUAUUUUAAUUUUGAGUUCUGUGAUUACAACAAGGUGGCCAUUAAGACCCUGGAGGGCAACUAUCUGAAAGGAGACCAGGCUGGAGUGCUGAAGGCUAAUGCCCAGGGCAUUGCUAAUGCUACACUGUGGGAGUACUGAGAUACACACACACACACACACACACACACACCACACACACACACACACACACACACACACACACACACACACACACAAAGACAGAGAAAUUUAAUACAAACAUCUCAGCCUAUAGCCACCUGCUUCCUUCAUCUUGUUAUGUGAACUAAGACAUUUAGGCAGACACUACAGUAGAAGCACACAACUACAAUGUAUAAUGUGAACGCAAAGCACAAACAGGCAGAUCAACAAUAUGACAAAGUUUAGCUAAAAAAAACCUAAAAAAAAACAGAGCAGAACAAACUGCAUAUCUAACUCUAUACAGAUAGAUAUAUUUAGGGAGCUACAUGUUGAUAUGUCUGUAUCAACAGCAGAAUACAUUGAUUGGGCAUGAACUGACCUGAUGUGUUACGAGCCGAUUUAACUUCAGUUGCCCGACAAGCUGGCACCUCGAUUCAGUAAACGAGUUGAUGUCGCCCAAAUCUCAGUGGCACUUCACGCUUUGCACACUGUUGUGAGCUAGUUGGUGGUUGGAUGAAGAGCCGUGCUACGCAUAUUGAACCAUGCGAGGGUCGACAUGCGCUCGUCUGCAAACUAAACGCUUUAAUGAAUACUGGAUUAUCACGUUUGCUGCCUAGUGGCUA